AUGAAGGUGGAAGCGGGAGACAACUCCAUGAUCAACCUGUCGGUGCAGCAAGUGCUGAGUCUGUGGGCACACGGCACCGUCCUCCGCAACCUCACCGAGAUGUGGUACUGGGUUUUCCUCUGGGCUCUCUUCUCCUCUCUCUUUGUCCAUGGUGCUGUGGGAGUAUUAAUGUUUGUGAUGCUGCAGAGGCAUAGGCAGGGGAGGCUGAUCUCUGUCAUUGUGGUCAGCAUUGGAUUUCUGGGUUCUAUAACUGGAGCGAUGAUAACCAGUGCUGCAGUAGCUGGAAUUUACAGAGUAGCAGGAAAGAAUAUGGCUCCCUUAGAAGCUCUUGUCUUUGGUGUUGGACAGACUGUACUGACAUUAAUUAUCUCAUUUUCAAGAAUUCUUGCAACGCUUUGAGACUUAUGUAAAAGG